AUGGCCUCCAAGUCCAAGCCUUUCUCUUCUACCAGAUUCAACUCCAUAGUCGAAGACGAUGAUGAUUUUCAGAUCCCUCUUACCCAAACAGCCACAGCUCCCAAGCCGUCCAAGAAACUGAAGCGCUCCAAACCUUUCAGCUCCGGCAAGGAAAACAUUCCCCCCAAUUUUUUCAGCAACCAAGACUCUAUUUUGGUGCAAACCCAGGGUUUCAAAUCCAUGCCUAUUGAAGAUUUCAGCUUGGAUUCCAUACCUGCUAGCUUCGACUAUGGGGGCCUCGAUGGUGAUAAUGUCGCUUGCUCUUCCGCGUGCGUUGAUGAGGUAAAAGAAAAGGAAAAGGAAAAGGGAUCGUUAAAAUCAAAAGGGGGUUAUCUUUGCAAUUCGAUAGAGUCUAAGUUAAUCAAGCCUCGAGCUGAUUGCAGUUUGGAUUCUGGUAACGGAAACUCGCCGAAUGAGGAUUUUGAGGAGCUUGAUGUGCUGCUCAAGCUCUGCGAUCAAGCAGAAGAGGGAGAGAGUGUUGGUAUCAGUGGAAUGGAGGAAGGGUAUGGAAUUGUGGAGGACGAAAAUGGGGGUUUGGUACAGUGCCCUCUAUGCGGGGUUGACAUCUCGGAUUUGAGCGACGAAGAGCGUCAGGUCCACAGCAAUGAAUGUCUUGACAAAGUGGAAAUUGAAGCUCAAGAUGCUUCAAUUCCUGAAGAGGACCAAAGGGAACCUCAAGUUUCUGGGCAAGUUCUUCAGUGGCUACGCAGCCUGGGCUUAGAAAAGUACGAGGAUGCUUUUGUUCGAGAAGAAAUUGAUUGGGACACUUUACAAUGGCUCACAGAAGAGGAUUUGUUCAGCAUAGGCAUUGCUGCACUUGGUCCACGAAAGAAGAUUGUACAUGCCCUUACUCAACUUAGAGAAGGGACUACUAGUCCUGGAAUUGAAGCACAACCAAGAAAAAGGAGCGCUAGUGGAGUUGAGACAGUCAAUGAUGCUUCGGAAGAACCAGUUGAUAAUAGUAAAACAGCUGUAAACAAGUUGAUUACAGAUUAUUUUCCAGGUUUUACUACUGCUAGGAAGCAAGUUUGCACCACCUCUGGAGAACAGCAAAGGGUAGAAAAACGUGGGUCAGGUUCUGGUCAUAAAGGUGGUGCGGCCAAAAAUCAUGUGACUACUCGGAAACUCAGGGAUAUUCCCUCGUGGUGUUGCAUACCAGGAACACCAUUUCGAGUGGAUGCUUUCAAAUAUCUUAGGCGGGAUUGUUCGCAUUGGUUUCUCACUCACUUUCACAUGGAUCAUUAUCAAGGUCUAACGAAGUCCUUCUGUCAUGGAAAGAUUUAUUGUUCUUCCAUCACAGCUAAGCUUGUAAAUAUGAAGAUUGGCAUUCCGUGGGACAAUAUAAAAGUUCUACCUCUCAACCAAAAAAUCAAUAUUGCUGGUAUUGAUGUGACCUGUUUGGAUGCAAACCACUGUCCUGGUUCUGUAAUUAUACUUUUUGAGCCACCCAACAGUAAGGCUGUUCUACAUACAGGGGACUUUCGGUUUAGUGAGAAUGCAGCAAGCAUGUCUUUUUUGCAAACAUGUUCUAUCCAUACUCUCAUCCUUGAUACCACUUAUUGUAACCCACAGUAUGACUUUCCAAAGCAGGAGGCUGUAAUACAGUUUGUCAUUGAUGCCAUUCAAGCGGAAACUUUCAACCCUAAAACUCUAUUUCUGAUUGGCAGCUAUACUAUUGGAAAGGAACGACUUUAUUUGGAGGUAGCUCGUGUGCUCCGGAAAAAAAUUUACAUCAACCCAGGAAAGCUGCAUAUUUUAAAAUGUCUGGAUUUUCCUGAGGAGGAUAUGCGAUGGUUUACAUUAAAUGAACAGGAAAGCCAAAUCCAUGUGGUGCCUAUGUGGACACUUGCAAGCUUCAAGCGACUGAAGCAUAUGUCCAAUCAAUAUGCGAGUCGAUUCAGCCUUAUUGUUGCUUUCUCUCCAACUGGUUGGACUUUUGGUAAAGGAAAGAAGAAGUCUCCAGGAAGAAGGUCGCAGCAGGGCACCAUUAUAAGGUAUGAGGUCCCAUACAGCGAACAUUCCAGCUUUACAGAACUCAAAGAGUUUGUGAAACUUAUAUCUCCAGCUGACAUAGUACCGAGUGUGAACAAUCAUGGACCAGACUCUGCCAAGGCUAUGAUUUCUCUUUUAUCAUCUGAAUCACAGGCUUAA